AUGUCGCAACAACCACUCAUCUACCGGGAUCCUUGGGCCAAACGAGAGGCCUGGCGCAAGAGCCCAGUUUUCUCCAAUCGCGUCAUGUUCCGAAGCCUUUUUCCCGGAUUCGGCAUCGCUGUCGUAGCAUUCACAGCCUACGUCGCUGUAGACAAUUAUGUUUUGUCGAAAUCCCCAGAAUCGUCCCACCACCACCAUUAA